AUGGAAGUUUCUGAUAUUCUCGCAAGGAUUUUUAAUCACGAAUUUCGUUUAAGAACAGAUGAUGACAACAAAAUAAAAUUCUCGGAGGAUUUGAAUCGUUGGGUAACAACAAAUUUAGACAGCCAAGUACCAUGUUUUCUACCUGUAAUAGACAAUCGAAGUGGAAGAAUCGGCCCAUCAAACGUUAAAUUUGAUGUGAGCGCACAUUUUGGUCUCUUUAUCAUAGGCUCAGAAAGAUUGAGCGUUCAUUCUCAAAGUAACUUUAGUUCUAUUCUUUGCAAUGUUUGCGUUUAUCAAGGAAAAUGGCAAUUCGAAGUGCAAUUAGGUACCAAAGGUGUGAUGCAAAUAGGUUGGGCAACCAGGGGAUGUAGAUUUUCUCAAGAAACAGGAGUCGGAGAUACUUUUGAUUCAUAUGCUUAUGAUGGAAACAGAAUUAGAAAAUGGAACAGCUACACUCAAAAAUAUGGACAACCAUGGCUGAGUGGAGAUAUAAUUGGAUGUUGCGGUGAUUUUGAUAAAGGAACUUUAGAAUUUUUUAGAAAUGGAGUUUCAAUGGGUGAAGCUUUUGACAAUGUACAUCUUGGUCCUGGUCGAGCUUACUUUCCUGCAGUAAGUUUAGGUUUUGGAGAGCAUCUAACAGCUAACUUUGGAAACACUCCAUUUCGUUAUCCAGUAUCUGGUUAUGAACCUCUGCAAAUUUAUCCGAUUCAAGCUGUUGAGAGAUGCAAUGUAAUUUUGGAUUGGUUUUACAAUCUUCUGAAUAUAGAAGAAACACAUUCCCAGGUAACACCAGAUGGUUAUCUGUGCAAGGAGCUCAAUGCUUCUCCAGAUGCAUUUUUUUUGACUGUGAGUAAAACUCUAGUCUAUGCACUGGCUCCACUUUUGGCCUUGCCUUUUUUGACAGACUCAUGUAUAAUCCCAUUCAUUGAAAGAUUAUUGGGAAAAGAUGCAGGGGUUAUCUUAAGAAGUAAUAAGGGAAAAUCUAUGGGUUCAACCGGAAACCGCGGUCGAGUUGUUAGAUGGCUAGAUAUGCUUUGGGCGUUUUUGGAGGAAAGAGAGCUAAAACCUUUCUUAGAGAAUAUUUGUUUACAAUUACUGAGUCGAUUUCGACAUGUGCCCAGUAAUUUAGAAUAUGUUGAGCAAAAAAGAAGUUUGUCACUUUUAAGAUCUGUUUGUGAACACUCAAGAUCCAGGCAACUUUUACUUAAUCACAUUUUUUUUGAUACUGUAAAGCUAGUCGAAUUCCUACACGUAAAAAUGUUAGAUGAAUCUGGAUUAAUAGCAAUUAUAGAACAUCCAUGGUGGGAUUGUCACGGUACUGAUAAAGAGGUCGAUGAUAGAAAAAAGCCAUAUUUAAAAUCUUGUAAUAGAAUCUUUGAAGCUGUCUCAAGCGUUGAAUCUCUCCAAGUCGAUCUUUUAAAAUGUUUAAUGAAUAAUACAGAUGGUUCCAAUCGUCAACCAUCUUCAAGAAAAAUAUUUCUUAAAAGACUUAGAAUUUUUUUCCACGAUAAUUACAUGUCUACUAGAUCUUUUCACUUGAUGCAAACACCUUUACCGGUAACUUUGUGUUGUUUUCAUCGACUGCUGGUUAUGUUUCGUGAACUGUGGGAAAGUGAAGUUGGUAAACGUCCCGUCAUUGUAGAACCCAAAGUUUUUUAUGAUGGUUCCAUCAAUUACUACACCGUGGACAGAAUAGGGGGUGUUUUAUCCCAUCUUAACAAAACGUACAUUCAGGAGCUUACGGCAGUUUUAGGACCCGAUCAUAAAGUUGUCAAUAAGAAAGUAGUUCAAGAAAAUCCUUCGGCAGCAAGAAUGAUUGCACCUCUCGAUAUUGUCGAUGGACAAUUUUUACCUGGCUUUCUUGGAGGACCAUCGAUUGCAAUUCGUGUUCCUCCGGAAGCUCAAGGUAAUGGGCCUGGAGUUGGAUUACCUAGUGUGGUACCUAUGCUGGCUAGACUUUUACAACAAGCAAAUGGGGGUCCAUCGGGUGGCCCCUUUGGUUUCGACGGAUCAUUAGGUGUUUUGAGACCAGAUAAAUCCAGAGUCAGUAAUGGAUUUGUUGACAAUACUCAGUCUCUUAUGGAAUUACUCGAUGGUUUGAUAUUGUUUUACCACACUUCUGCUCAUAAACAAAUCGUUAAGGUGAGCGCGAUGAGAGACAAUAUGGAGGAUUAUGUUACGGCUUACGAAAAUGCUCGGACAAGACUCGAAUCAUUUAAAAACCCAUCGAAAGCCAUGAGAAGAGAAUCUGUUGCCAUGAUUCAGUCUGAAAUUGAAAAAACUCGUCAGGUUUUCGAAUCCAAAUUAGAAGAGCAAGCUAGAUUUAUGGCAUGGGUGAGAGCGGCCAUAUUUUCUUCAGAAAAGCAGAGGCAACUUUCGUGGCUCUUAAAUGUUUUAGUGAGCACGAUAAAAGCAUCGUCCAGUGAAGGAGUACUUUUUAGUUUUCUACCAGAAUUUUAUUUAGAUUCUCUUUUCGAAAUUUGUUCUGCUUUAAGAGUUUUAUUUCAUCCGACUUGUUCGCUCGAAGAUAUCGAUGGAUUCAAUCAAAUACUGGCACAACUCUCUGAAUUUCUUUGCGUUCAUUUUGCCGAUCCGCGCAUCGUCAAUGCUUCUUCAAAAGAUACCGUCGUUCAAGCUUUGGCAACUUUUGUCGCAAACCCCGUGACUUUACAAUCUUUGGAAAAAGUAUCUUUCGAAACGCAAAGAAAUAUGGUCAAAGGAUUACUUAGACCUUACGAAAAUAGAGCUUGGGCUCAAAGUAAUUGGAUUUUGGUACGUUUUUGGCAAGGUUACGGUUUUGCUUUUCGAUAUGAAAAAUCCCCACAUCUGACUAAAAAAGUCGGUCCGAGAUUUCUUCAAUCUGAUUCGGCAAUAAUUAAUCAAUAUAUAAAACCUUUACCAUCAAAACUAUUUCAAAAUCAUGUUAAAGAUGUAAUGAUAAACAAUGAACCAAUGGCAACUGUUUUUCUUAAUUCCGUACUUAAUCAGCUCAAUUGGGCUUUUUCAGAAUUUAUUGGAAUGCUUCAGGAAAUUCAAAACAUUUCAUCGAGACCUGAAAGAGUAUUUAUUGAAUCUAGACAAUUAAAAAUUUGCGCCACUUGUUUUGAUUUAUCAUUAUCUCUUUUAAGAGUUUUAGAAAUGAUUUGUAAUAUUUCUGUUUGUGUUUUUAUCGAUCCCGAAAGGCCUAAUUCGGAAUUGCUCUUGUCGAGACUUUAUCAGUUGAUUUGUCAAAUCCUGAAUCGAGUGAGCUCCACCACCGGUUGCUUUCAACACGUUGUCCUUUUGGAAAUUCCCGAUUUAGAGGGCGUGGAUCAUUUUCCCAUUUUAGCUGCCGUAGUCGGAAUACUUUUGGCACUUUUUAAAGACGACCUUAAAAAUUUUAGAGAAUCAAAUCCGAUUUCAAACGUCGCGCAUGUUUUACUUACGGAGCCUAGUUUUCAAUUAUCAUCAUUGAAAUUCUUACUCGGAGAUCUUCGGCAACAAGUCGAAAAUGGUAAAGGGAAAACAUUACCCGUCAAAUCUAAAGGAUUUUCAUUUAGUAAUUAUCAGGGCGAUGUUUCGGAUGAAGAAUUGAGAGAUGUAAGACGAUUAAUUAAUUUACUAGAAGUCGGUCAACGUAAAGUAUCAGCAAUGAGCCUUCAUUCCGAUGAUGACGUAUGCACCAUAUGUUACGCCAAUCCAAUAUCGGUUGUUUUCGAGCCAUGCCGACAUCAAUCUUGCAAAGUUUGCAUCGCGCAUCACUUAUUAAACGGUCGAGAAUGUUUUUUUUGUAAAUCCAUGAUUGAAAAAGUCGUCGACGUUCACGGAAUAGUGGUACACGAUUUGGGAAGAAUCACCGAUGGAUUUGACAACAAUGAAGAAGAAGAAGAAGAAGAAGACGAAUAA